AUGAAAUACAACUCUUAGUGAAAAUAAUUUAAUUAGUAGAAUAUCGAUAAUAGUUUAAUAUUUUUUUAAUGUCUGCUUAUAAUCAGGCACAUUAAUAAUGUGUUCAUCUAUAAAUCUUGAAAUAUAUUCGGUAUUGAAUAAAUGUUUUAAACCAUAACCUAAAAAUCUUGGAUAAAAAACAAGAGGAUGUGAUACAGAAUAAUGGCUUUACGAGGAAUUAAAGUGGUUGAAUUGGCUGGUUUAGCUCCAGCUCCUCUAUGUGGCAUGAUUUUAGCAGAUUUUGGAGCCUCAGUACUGCGUGUAGACAAGGUUAAUGCAGAGACAGAAUUAGAUUGUCUUUGCAAUGGAAAAUCAUCUUUAGCACUAAAUCUAAAGUCAGCAGAAGGCAAGAGUAUCUUCAGAAAAUUGUGCAAAAAGUCGGAUGUGUUAAUAGAACCCUUUCGAAGAGGUGUCAUGGAAUCACUGGGCUUAGGUCCAGCAGUGUUACUUGAGGAUAAUUCAAAGCUAAUAUAUGCCAGAUUAACAGGAUAUGGACAGGAGGGUUCCAUGAGUUUAAAAGCAGGACAUGACAUUAACUAUGUUAGUUUAGCAGGAUUACUUUCAUUCUUUGGUAGAAGUAAUGAUAAACCAAUUCCUUUUAAUUUUACUGCUGACUUUGCUGGAGGAGGUUUACUAUGUGCAUUAGGAAUAGUAAUGGCCUUGUUUGAAAGAAAUUCAUCAGGUUUGGGACAAGUGGUAGACAGCAGCAUGGUACAAGGGUCUGCUUAUGUAGAUAGUUGGGUGUACAGAUCACAACACCUUCCAGUGUGGGGGAACAACAGAGGAGAAAACAUAUUGGACUCAGGGGCACACUUUUAUGAAACUUAUGAAACAAAGGACCAAAAGUAUAUGGCAGUAGGAGCACUUGAACCCCAGUUUUAUUCCAAUUUUCUCAAAGGCCUUAAUUUGAAUGAAGAUGAAUUGCCUCAGUUUGGGGACUUCAAGAAAAAUAAAAAGACAUUAGUCAACAUAUUUAAAGAGAAAACUCAGAAAGAAUGGUGUGAAGUUUUUGAUAAAUUAGAUGCUUGUGUCACUCCUGUAUUAUCAAUAAAAGAAGCAGCACUAAAUGAUCACAAUGUUACAAAUAAAACGUUUGUAAAAGAUGUAGAGGAAAAUUAUGCACCCCAGCCAGCCCCCAAACUAAGCAGAACACCUGCUCAAACGCAUUGUAAAGAAGCAUUCCCAAAAAAUGGACAAGAUACAGAGGUAAUUUUAAAAGAUUUGGAUUUUUCUGAAAAAGAAAUAUCUGAUUUUGAAAGGCAGGGAAUAAUUAAAAUAAUUCCUUCAAAGUUGUAAUCAACUUUUGUUUUAUAAAAUAAUUUAUUAAAUUAAGCAGAAAUCAGUCUUAUUUUGCAAUAAAGACUCAUAUUAGAAGUUGAA